AUGUCAGUACCAGCAAAGAAAUGUGGAAGGCCCCCAGUGUUGUCUCUUCUGGAAAAGAGGAGAAAGCAAAGCCUUGAUAGAAGAAGGCGGAAAACAUGUAUUUAUGUGGGAAAUCAUAAUGACCGGUGAUUGACACUGAAAGAAAAGCUGGAUUUCAGAAAUGAUGCAGAAGUUGCAGGACUUGACACCUACAACCCCUUGUCAAAAGCUCCAAUCCAUGCCCUCCCUGAAGGUGUGAGAAGAAUUACUGUGAAAGAAGAGUGAGCGCUAUCAGACAGCACUUCUCUGAUAGCAGCUGAUGGAACGUAUGGCAGUGAUGACCUGUUACCUGAAGAAUCUACUCGUUCUGAACACAGAGAUGUGAGAACUGUGACUGUGAACGAGUGAGAGAUGCCGCAUGACUGCUUGUCCAUGCCGACAGAUGACACCUGUACUUUCAGGUUUCCCAGCACAAACAUCAAGAUAACAUUCACAGCUCUGUCCAAUGACAAGAGAGAAAAACAGGAGGCCCCGGAGUCCCCAGUGAAGCCUGUGCAACCUCAGAUCUCUCCCUUAACGAUAAACAUUCCAGACAACAUGGCUCACCUGAUCAGCCCUCUCCCUUCUCCCACAGGAACUAUCAGUGCUGCAAAUUCCUGCCCAUCUAGCCCCCGUGGUGCAGGCUCUUCAGGGUACAAAAUGAGUCGUGUGAUACCAUCUGACCUACAUUUAAUGGCUGACAAUUCCCAGUCAGAAAAUGACAAGGAAGCAUCGGGUGGAGAUAGCCCAAAGGACGACUCUAAGCCACCUUACUCCUAUGCACAGUUAAUAGUACAAGCAAUUACAAUGGCACCUGAUAAGCAGCUUACACUAAAUGGAAUUUAUACGCACAUAACUAAAAAUUAUCCAUACUACAGGACAGCAGACAAGGGCUGGCAGAAUUCAAUACGCCACAAUCUCUCUCUGAAUCGUUAUUUCAUCAAAGUACCACGUUCCCAGGAAGAACCAGGCAAAGGCUCAUUCUGGAGGAUAGACCCUGCCUCUGAAAGCAAAUUAAUAGAGCAGGCUUUUAGGAAAAGGCGGCCUAGGGGAGUACCUUGCUUUAGAACCCCUCUGGGACCACUCUCUUCUAGAAGUGCCCCAGCUUCUCCUAAUCACUCUGGAGUGUUGUCUGCACACUCCAGUGGAGUCCAGACCCCCGAGAGUCUGUCCAGGGAAGGAUCUCCAGUCCCGAUGGAACCUGAGCCUAGUGCCAUCCAGCCAAAACUAGCGGUAAUACAAGAAGCACGAUUUGCACAGAGUGCCCCAGGAUCACCUCUAUCUAGCCAACCAGUUUUAAUUACUGUACAACGGCAGCUACCACAAACUAUUAAACCCGUCACCUACACUGUUGCAACUCCUGUGACAACAUCAACAUCCCAGCAGCCUGUAGUUCAGACAGUACAUGUUGUCCACCAGAUACCAGCUGUGUCUGUCACAAAUGUGACUGGAUUAGCACCAGCAAACACUUACACUGUAGCUGGACAGGCGGUAGUCACGCAAGCUGCGAUGGUAACCCAGCCCAAGGUAGAACCUCAAGAGAAUGGAGACCACAAGGAAGUUAAAGUUAAAGUGGAACCUAUACCUGCUAUUAGUCAUGCUACAAUAGGAGCUGCUAGUCGUAUCAUUCAGACAUCUCAGACCACCCCCUUACAGACAGUUACUAUAGUGCAACAGGCACCUCUAGGUCAACACCAGCUACCAAUAAAAACUGUAACACAGAACGGAACGCACAUAGUCCCCAUCACCACUGCCAUACAAGGACAGGGCAAUGCUGCUGCUGCGAGUCCCUUGCAUAUGUUGGCCACCCAUGCAUCUGCAUCGGCAUCGCUUCCCACAAAGCGCCAGAACGGAGACCAGUCGGAACAGCAGGAACUCAAACGUAUCAAAACAGAGGAUGGAGAGAGCAUAGUCAUAGCUGUUAAUGUGGACACCCCGUCCGUGGCAGUGAGUGAUAAAGGAAGCCAGAACUAGCAAC